AUGCUUUUCCCUGGGGGUCAGUACAGCCCUGUUGGCAGGCCUGAAGAGGUUUUACUGAUAUACAAGAUAUUCCUUGUCAUCAUUUGUUUUCAGGUCAUUCUUGUUACAUCCCUGAAAGAAAAUGCUGGUAAUUCCAGUUUGUUGUCACCAUCUGCUGAAUCGUCUCUUGUCAGUCUUGUUCCCUACUCCAAUGGUACACCAGAUGCUGCUUCCGAAGUAUUGUCGACUUUAAACAGAACAGAAAAAUCUAAAAUCACUAUAUUAAAAACCUUCAAUGCAUCAGGAGUCAAAUCCCAGAGAAAUAUCUGCAAUUUGUCAUCUAUUUGCAGUGACUCAGUGUUUUUUAGAGGCGAGAUAGUGUUUCAACAUGAUGACCACUACAACGUUACUCAGAAUCAAGAUAUAGUUAACAGCACCUUCGCUGGAGUCCUGUCUCUAAGCGAACUGAAGCGAACAGAACUCAACAAAACUCUACAGACCUUAAGUGAGACUUACUUUAUAGUGUGUGCUACAGCAGAGUCCCAAAACACAUUAAACUGUACAUUCACAGUAAAACUGAAUGAGACCAUGAAUGUGUGUGCCAUGAUGGUUACUUUCAAAAGUGUACAGAUUCGGCCAAUGGAACAGUGCUGCUGUUCCCCCAGGACUCCCUGCCCUUCCUCGCCGGAAGAGUUAGAAAAACUACAGUGUGAUCUGCAGGAUCCCAUUGUCUGUCUUGCCGAUCAACCACAUGGCCCACCAGUAUCUUCUUCCAGCAAGCCUAUGCCAGUUGUACCUCAGGCCACCAUUUUUUCCCACAUUGCUAGUGACUUCUCUUUGGCUGAACCCCUUGAUCAUGCCCUUAUGACCUCAAGCACACCCUCUCUGGCACGAGAGAGUCGCCUUCCAUCUCCUCAGCCUACAAUCUCCCUGACUUCCAGUCCUGCCAUUGACUUGCCUGUUCAACAUGUAGUGGCUUCUUCCCCCUUGCCCCAAACUGAUCUUUCCCACACCCUAUCACCUGUGCAGUCCUCCAUUCCCUCUCCUACCACAGCAGCCCCAUCCGUCCCUGAAAAAGUGGUCACCAUCAGCACACCUCCUGGCGAGACAGUUGUCAACACGAGUAGUGUUCCUGAUCUGGAAGCCCAAGUAUCUCAAAUGGAGAAAGCUUUGUCUGUGGGCAGCUUGGAACCUAAUCUUGCGGGUGAAAUGGUGAACCGAGUCAGCAAACUCCUUCACUCUCCACCUGCCUUGCUAGCCCCUCUAGCUCAAAGGUUGCUAAAAGUGGUAGAUGCCAUUGGCUUACAGCUGAAUUUUUCAUCUACAACUAUCAGUCUAACUUCUCCUUCUUUGGCUCUUGCUGUGAUCAGAGUGAAUGCCAGUAAUUUCAAUACAACAACCUUUGCAGCCCAAGACCCAGCAAAUCUCCAGGUGUCUCUGGAAGCCCAGGCUCCUAAGAAUAGUAUUGGCGCCAUUACUCUACCCUCAUCGCUGAUGAGUAAUUUGCCAGCUAGUGAGGUAGAAUUGGCUUCGAGGGUUCAGUUCAAUUUCUUUGAAACACCUGCCCUAUUUCAGGACCCCUCCCUGGAGAACCUCUCUCUGAUAAGCUAUGUCAUAUCAUCAAGUGUCACAAACAUGACCAUCAAGAACUUGACAAGAAACGUGACAGUUGCACUGAAGCACAUCAACCCAAGUCAGGAUGACUUAACUGUCAAAUGCGUUUUCUGGGACUUGAACAGAAAUGGUGGCAGAGGAGGUUGGUCAUCUGAUGGCUGUUCCGUCAAAGACAAGAGGAUAAACGAAACUAUCUGUACCUGUAGCCACCUUACAAGUUUUGGCAUCCUAUUGGAUCUAUCUCGGACAUCCUUACCACCAAGUCAAAUGAUGGCUCUGACAUUUAUCACGAUAUUGGCUGUGGGCUUCAUCAAUUUUUCUGUCAGUUACCUUUUGUAACCUAUAGCCUUUGAAAAGAUCCGGAGGGAUUACCCUUCCAAAAUCCUCAUUCAACUGUGUGCUGCCCUGCUUCUGCUCAACCUGGUCUUCCUCUUAGACUCCUGGAUUGCACUGUAUAAUGCCCGAGGUUUCUGCAUCUCCGUGGCUGUAUUUCUUCACUAUUUUCUCUUGGUAUCAUUCACGUGGAUGGGCUUAGAAGCAUUUCACAUGUACCUAGCACUGGUUAAGGUGUUUAAUACUUACAUCCGAAAGUACAUCCUUAAAUUCUGCAUUGUUGGCUGGGGGAUACCAGCUGUGGUUGUAUCCAUCGUCCUGACUAUAUCCCCAGAUAAUUAUGGGAUUGGAUCUUAUGGGAAAUUCCCCAAUGGCACACCAGAUGACUUUUGCUGGAUCAACAGCAGUGUGGUGUUCUAUAUCACGGUUGGAUAUUUUUGUGUGAUAUUUCUAUUGAAUGUCAGCAUGUUCGUGGUCUUGGUUCAGCUCUGUUUAAUUAAAAAGAAGAAGUAACUGGGACUGCGAAAAACUAGUAUUCAAGACCUCAGGAGUAUUGUUGGCCUCACAUUUUUACUGGGAAUUACUUGGGGCUUUGCCUUCUUUGCCUGGGGACCAGUUAAUCUCACCUUCAUGUAUCUCUUUGCCAUCUUUAACACCUUACAAGGCUUUUUCAUAUUCAUCUUUUACUGUGCAGCAAAAGAGAAUGUCAGAAAACAGUGGAGGCGGUAUCUUUGUUGUGGAAAAUUACGGCUGGCUGAAAACUCUGACUGGAGUAAAACUGCUACUAAUGGUUUAAAGAAGCAGACUGUAAACCAAGGCGUAUCCAGCUCUUCAAAUUCCUUACAGUCAAGCUGUAACUCCACUAACUCCACUACACUCCUAGUGAAUAGUGAUUGCUCAGUGCACGCAAGCGGGAAUGGUAUGUAUGCAAAUGCAUCUACCGAGAGGAAUGGGGUUUCUUUCAGUGUUCAGAAUGGAGACGUGUGCCUUCAUGAUCUCACUGGGAAACAGUACAUGUUUAGUGACAAAGAGGACUCCUGCAAUGGCAAAAGCCGGAUGGCACUCAGAAGGACUUCAAAGCGGGGAAGCUUACACUUUAUUGAGCAAAUGUGAUUCGCUUCUUCUAAAAUCAAAGCAUGAUGUUGAUGGUGUGAAGUGUCCAGUUUUCCUUUUAUACAAUGUGAGAUGUAUGAAAAUCGCUGGUUUUCUACUCAGCAACCUCGAAAGGAACAUAAGCUAAUUGAGGGCAACCGUUUACUGUCGGAAGAAGGAACCAUGACAUGAUUAUGGUUCCUAGACAUUCGCAAUUUCGUUUAUUAUCUCCCAUUUGUGAGGGGAUUGGGGUUAGAAUCACAGAAUAAGAUCCAAGAAAAGAAAAAUGAAAGUUUGUUUCCAGACACAUUUUAAAGAGGCUGUUAUCCUUGAUAACAUCCUUUAAAAAAUGUUUACUUCAGUCUGUUGGUGAGUUUAGUUGUGCAUGCCUUUGUUGUAUAUAAGCUAAGUUCUAAUGACCCACAUGUCAAAAAUCGUAUCUCUAUCUUUUUUAUAUUUAUUUUCUACUGUGUAAAUUUAUUCUUUUGUAGAAUCAUGGUUGUGUCGUUUUCUUUAAUGUGAUAACUUACCAGUGACUUCUAAACCUCCUUUCGGAGAUCAUAUAGGAUGUGAAAUUCAGAAACUUCACUGAAAUCAAGAAAUAAUGAUAAAGGCAGACUGAACAAUUAUAAAUAGACAGUGCUACAAUCAGCUUAGAACAUGCCUCUGAGCUAUCAAGAAAAGGUGCCCCCAUUGGACGGACAUAGCCUUAUGAGCUUAUGGUUUGGGAAAAAGUGGGGUCACAUUUUAGCUCUGAUGAUCCUCUUGAGUACCUUAUUCAGGGUCCUUAUGUAGGGUCUUUAUGCAGGGAAUGACUUAUAUGACUAUAUUUGACAUUAAAUAGGGAUACCUAUGACCAGACUUCAUCCCUAAUGAUCAUAUUAUAGAAUCUCUACACCAUGGUUGUUAGAGGAUAGAAUUGUAAUCUAAACCAUGUAGGGAAGAUUGCGAAUGUGGGAAAGAUAUACACUGCCACUUCUCAAAUACCCAGAGCCUUUGAAAAGAGGAAAUCAGAGUAGGAUUACUUUUCCAGAGUGUAUAUAUGGCAAACAAGUUAGGUCUUUAAAAGACAACUGCAUGGUACGUCAUUGUUGCAACUGCUACAUUCUGGUCCUACUUGUUUGUAUUCUUAAAACAUGUCAAAUAUUGAAGAGUGUAUAGUGACAAGGGGGAGCAGCUACUGGGAAGAGUGAACUAUCGUGUGAUAUUGUUGUUUGUAGGUAAUAAUAUAUAUCCAACUCUGAUUGUUCCGAGUCCUAGAGCAUCUAUCCUGUUUCUCACCUCUACCCGCUUGAGUGGUGUCUCAAGCCCAGGAUGUUUAUUAGGAACAUUUCAAAAUCCUUUCCUUAGGUCUUUCACUAAGCUCCCUUGCAUAUAUUUCAAGUAGAUGUAUCCCAGACUAACCACAGUCGUAACAUCUGUUUCUCUGUGUGCUCGUUGGUCUUUGCAAAAUUUCUUCUCCAAAUUAUUUAAUUAUUUUGUAUUUAUAUGUUACAAUUGACAAAAAUGAUAAAAUCAAUAAAAUAAAUUUGCACUUG